AUGAUAUUUUGCUUCCUUAUGAGUGACUGUGGCUCUAUUAGUGUUCUAGCGUAUGGCGCGCUGCAGGCGGCCGGCCUGCGGGCCUUCCCGCCCGACUUCCGCUUCGGAGUGGCCACCGCCGCCUACCAGGUGGAGGGCGCCUGGAACGUGAGCGGUAAGCUGCUGGUGACUCACUGGCUCACUGUUAGUGUCGCAGCGUGGUCGCGUGGUGUAGCGGGCUUCCGCUUCGGAGUGGCCACCGCCGCCUACCAGGUGGAGGGCGCCUGGAACGUGAGCGGUAAGCUGCUGGUGACUCACUGGCUCACUGUUAGUGUUGUAGCGUGGUCGCGUGGUGUAGCGGGCUUCCGCUUCGGAGUGGCCACCGCCGCCUACCAGGUGGAGGGCGCCUGGAACGUGAGCGGUAAGCUGCUGGUGACUCACUGGCUCACUGUUAGUGUUGUAGCGUGGUCGCGUGGUGUAGCGGGCUUCCGCUUCGGAGUGGCCACCGCCGCCUACCAGGUGGAGGGCGCCUGGAACGUGAGCGGUAAGCUGCUGGUGACUCACUGGCUCACUGUUAGUGUUGUAGCGUGGUCGCGUGGUGUAGCGGGCUUCCGCUUCGGAGUGGCCACCGCCGCCUACCAGGUGGAGGGCGCCUGGAACGUGAGCGGUAAGCUGCUGGUGACUCACUGGCUCACUGUUAGUGUUGUAGCGUGGUCGCGUGGUGUAGCGGGCUUCCGCUUCGGAGUGGCCACCGCCGCCUACCAGGUGGAGGGCGCCUGGAACGUGAGCGGUAAGCUGCUGGUGACUCACUGGCUCACUGUUAGUGUUGUAGCGUGGUCGCGUGGUGUAGCGGGCUUCCGCUUCGGAGUGGCCACCGCCGCCUACCAGGUGGAGGGCGCCUGGAACGUGAGCGGUAAGCUGCUGGUGACUCACUGGCUCACUGUUAGUGUUGUAGCGUGGUCGCGUGGUGUAGCGGGCUUCCGCUUCGGAGUGGCCACCGCCGCCUACCAGGUGGAGGGCGCCUGGAACGUGAGCGGUAAGCUGCUGGUGACUCACUGGCUCACUGUUAGUGUCGCAGCGUGGUCGCGUGGUGUAGCGGGCUUCCGCUUCGGAGUGGCCACCGCCGCCUACCAGGUGGAGGGCGCCUGGAACGUGAGCGGUAAGCUGCUGGUGACUCACUGGCUCACUGUUAGUGUUGUAGCGUGGUCGCGUGGUGUAGCGGGCUUCCGCUUCGGAGUGGCCACCGCCGCCUACCAGGUGGAGGGCGCCUGGAACGUGAGCGGUAAGCUGCUGGUGACUCACUGGCUCACUGUUAGUGUCGCAGCGUGGUCGCGUGGUGUAGCGGGCUUCCGCUUCGGAGUGGCCACCGCCGCCUACCAGGUGGAGGGCGCCUGGAACGUGAGCGGUAAGCUGCUGGUGACUCACUGGCUCACUGUUAGUGUUGUAGCGUGGUCGCGUGGUGUAGCGGGCUUCCGCUUCGGAGUGGCCACCGCCGCCUACCAGGUGGAGGGCGCCUGGAACGUGAGCGGUAAGCUGCUGGUGACUCACUGGCUCACUGUUAGUGUCGCAGCGUGGUCGCGUGGUGUAGCGGGCUUCCGCUUCGGAGUGGCCACCGCCGCCUACCAGGUGGAGGGCGCCUGGAACGUGAGCGGUAAGCUGCUGGUGACUCACUGGCUCACUGUUAGUGUUGUAGCGUGGUCGCGUGGUGUAGCGGGCUUCCGCUUCGGAGUGGCCACCGCCGCCUACCAGGUGGAGGGCGCCUGGAACGUGAGCGGUAAGCUGCUGGUGACUCACUGGCUCACUGUUAGUGUCGCAGCCUGGUCGCGUGGUGUAGCGGGCUUCCGCUUCGGAGUGGCCACCGCCGCCUACCAGGUGGAGGGCGCCUGGAACGUGAGCGACAAAGGGGAGAGCAUCUGGGACCGCUUGCUGCACGCCCGGCCCGAGUUCGUGGCCGACCUGAGCAACGGGGACGUGGCCUGCGACUCCUACCACCGCUGGGAGGAGGACCUGAACAUCCUCGAGGAAUUGGGGGUGGACUCCUACAGGUUCUCUAUCAGCUGGCCGCGCCUCCUGCCCACCGGCUUCUCGAACCGCGUCAGCGAGGACGGCCGCCGCUACUACAGCGACCUGCUGGACGGCCUGCUGGCCCGCGGCAUCCGGCCCGUGGUCACCCUGUACCACUGGGACCUGCCGCAGCCGCUGCAGGACCUGGGUGAGACCUGCCAGACCACCUGGCCUUGCUGCAGCCACCUGCUGGACGGCCUGCUGGCCCGCGGCAUCCGGCCCGUGGUCACCCUGUACCACUGGGACCUGCCGCAGCCGCUGCAGGACCUGGGAGGCUGGAGCAACCCGCUGGUGGUGGAGUGGUUCGCGGAGUACGCUCGCGUGGCGUUCGCGCUGUUCGCGGCGCGCGUGCGCACGUGGGUCACCGUCAACGAGCCCUGCCUCGUGUGCGACGCCGGCUACCGCGACAUGCUGGCGCCCGGGAUACAGAGCCCCGGCGCGGGGGCGCUGCUGUGCUCGAAGCACGUGCUGCUGGCGCACGCGGUCGCCUACGGGAUCUACCACCGCGAGUUCCGCCCGCAACACGGCGGUGAGAUUUCGAUCACCAACCUGGAGUUCUGGUUGCAGCCGAAGACUGAAGCCGACUUGGAGUUGACUCUCUUGGCCAGGGACUAUGCUUACGGGCGGUACACGCACCCCAUCUUCUCGGCGGAGGGCGGCUGGCCGCCGCGGCUGGAGGCCUUCAUGGCCGAGAAGAGCAAGCGGGAGGGGCACCCGCGCUCCCGGCUGCCCCCCUUCACCCCCGAGGAGAAGAAGCUGAUACAAGGUUCGUUCGACUUCUUCGGUCUGAACCACUACUCGUCGCGCACGGUGCGCGCGGCGGCGCCGGGCGAGCAGCUCGGGCAGUACAUGUUCGACGGCAUCGACGAGCUCGGCGCCGUGUUGGAGAGCAAGCCCGAGUGGGGCAGCGACGGCUCCUCCUGGCUGAAGAUAAACCCGGAAGGUCUCCGUCACAACCUGAACCUGACGCGGCUGCAGUUCGGCGCCGUGCCCAUCCUCAUCACCGAGAACGGCUGCUCCAGCGCAGACACGCUGCAGGACACGGGCAGGGUCAACUACCUGCGCGACUACCUGGAGCAGGUACUUCUAGCCAUCGAGGACGGAAUAAACGUGGUGGGCUACACCGCCUGGUCGCUCAUGGACAACUUCGAGUGGGGCGACGGCUACCAGACUCGCUUCGGGCUGCACGCGGUGGACUUCUCCGACCCCGCGCGCCCGCGCCGCGCCAAGGCGUCGGCGCGCUUCUACCGCGACCUCGUCCGCACGAGGGCGCUCCGCCGGGACAACACCGAACUCUAGCUACUACAGGCGACACGACAGAAAACAUAAUAAUAUUAGUCCGUCAGUUACAUUAUCAAAUAAAUUCUAGACACAA